AUGGUCCAUAGUAUAUCAGCUCGAGUCUUCCUGAUCCGUCAUGGCGAUACGAGUUGGUCUGUUGGCGGCAAGCACAUGAGCUUCACAGAUGUGCCUAUGUCUAGAGAAGAAAGCCAGGUUGAAGAGACUCGAGAUUGCUACAUAGGAAGGCACAAACUGAUCGACCCAGAGAAUGUGGCCAUGAUCUACGUCUGCCCACAACAACGAAUCAAACGGACAGUCGAGAUCCUCCAGCUGGGCGUUCAGAGCCAACAAAGCUUCCUCGACCGGGAUGAUCAAAAGAAGACGGUGAGCCCACUGACAGGAUCCCAAGGCGCAUCCUCAGCACACACACUAGGUAGCUCAUCGCUGGCAGUCUCUGCCUCUUUCCUUCUUAUAUUAAAUUUCGUCAGAUAG